AUGGCACACCAGCUCCUGUGCUGCGAGGUGGACACCAUCCGCCGCGCGUACCCCGAUGCCAACCUCCUCAACGACCGGGUGCUGCGGGCCAUGCUCAAGGCGGAGGAGGCGUGCGCGCCCUCCGUGUCCUACUUCAAGUGCGUGCAGAAGGAGAUCCUGCCGGCCAUGCGGAAGGUCGUGGCCACCUGGAUGCUGGAGCAGGUCUGCGAGGAGCAGAAGUGCGAGGAGGAGGUGUUCCCGCUGGCCAUGAACUACCUGGACCGCUUCCUGUCGCUGGAGCCCCUGCCCAAGGGCCGCCUGCAGCUGCUGGGCGCCGCCUGCAUGUUCGUGGCCUCGAAGAUGAAGGAGACCGUCCCCCUGACGGCGGAGAAGCUGUGCAUCUACACUGACCACUCCAUCCAGCCCGAGGAGCUGCUGCAAAUGGAGAUGGUGCUGGUGAACAAGCUCAAGUGGAACCUGGCGGCCAUGACCCCCCACGAUUUCAUUGAGCAUUUCCUCUCCAAGAUGCCGGUGGCUGAGGUCAACAAGCAGAUCAUCCGCAAACACGCGCAGACCUUUGUCGCCCUGUGUGCCACAGACGUGAAGUUCAUUUCCAACCCGCCCUCCAUGGUGGCUGCCGGGAGCGUGGUGGCCGCAGUGCAAGGCCUGCACCUGGGAAGCUCCAACAGCUUCCUGUCCUAUCACCGCCUCACGCGAUUCCUCUCCACACUGAUCAAGUGUGACCUGGACUGCCUCCGGGCCUGCCAGGAGCAGAUCGAAGCCCUGCUGGAGGCCAGCCUGCGCCAGGCCAAGCAGAGCCUGGGCCCCAAGGAGGAGGAGGAGGAGGCGGACCUGGCCUGCACACCCACCGACGUGCGCGAUGUAGGCGUGUAA